CCGUCGAAUUGAUUUUUGCUACCUCUAAUGAAUACAUUAUAUAUUAAACAAAUCGAACACAUAACAAAGGCACCAUCCGUUUAUCAUUUCUUUUAGCUUAUUUUUUCAAACAUUUUUAACCCAACAUGUAAACAAAAAUUAAAAACAUAAAAUAAAAAACAAAAAAUAAAAAUUAAAAAAAUUGGACACGCUCUUAGUCUUAUUUGACAUUGUCCAACUAAAAUAAAUGGAUUAAGUUUAGUUUAGUCCGCCCAAAAAAGGAGGCCCCAAUCUUCAAAUAUUUGAUUUGUUCAACCAAACUAUUUUAAUCAAAAAAUCAAACUACCCCAAUUUUCCACAGUACGUUUGAAGAAAGAAGAAGCCGUGUUCUUAAAAUAACGGGCAAUUUCUUCCUUGCUUCCUGCAUUUUUCACUCUAAUUUUCUCUCCCCUUCCAAUUUUUCUUCAUUAUUAAACCUUCCCUUAAUCCCUUCUUUCUAUUUUCUUAAUCCCCAAUUAAUUUUCCUCCAAUUUUUCACUUACCCAUUUUAUUUCUUACAAGUUUUCAGAAACUUUGUACAGGCCUUGUGUAACCAGAUUUGUGCCAUUUAGCAGUUUUUCUAGGCAUCAUACAUUUUCGACAAUGAUUGGUAUUAAGAACUCGCCAUUACAUAGGUUUGCUAAGCCUAGCUCUGCUGGCCGGAAAGCUCCUAGUGAUGCGAGCUAUAACCCUUUUGAUUCUGAUGAUGAGUCUGAUAAGAAGCCACCUACUCAAGGAUCCUCUACAAAACAAAAUUCUGGAGCAUUGAAGAAUUUGCCAAAUUCCUCAGUGACCAAUUCUUCCAUGACCAACCCUUUUGAUGACGACAUUGAUGAUCGAGAGAAAGAAGUGAGUUCUUCCACCUCUAAAUUCUCCUUCACCUAUGCACAGAGGAACAAAUACAAGAACGAUUUUUAUGACUCGGGAGGUGUGGAUAAUCAAAAUGUAGAAGAACUAGAAAAUUAUGCUGUGUACAAAUCUGAGGAAACAACCAAGACUGUUGACAAUUGUUUGAAGAUUGCUGAGGGUAUAAGAGAUGAUGCUACUAAGACAUUAGUAACUCUCCAUCAGCAAGGUGAACAAAUUAGAAGAACUCAUGAUGAGGCUGUACAUAUUGACUAUGAUUUAAGUCGGGGGGAAAAGCUUUUAGGAAGUCUUGGGGGCCUAUUUUCUAGGACUUGGAAGCCAAAGAAGACUGCUCCAGUUAAAGGCCCUGUUGUUUUGAGAGAUGAUCCUGUUUGGAGCAAGGGUAGCCACUUGGAACAGAGGGAAAGGCUGGGAUUGACCUCAGCGUCUAAUGGGCAUUCAAAGUCGCGGACUCCACCUCCUGAACCCACAAAUGCGUUGCAAAAAGUUGAGGUGGAAAAGGUGAAACAAGAUGACGGUCUGUCAGACUUAAGCAAUCUUCUAGGGGAGCUGAAGGUUAUGGCACAGGACAUGGGGUCUGAGAUUGAGCGGCACAACUCCUCAUUGAAUGGCCUUGAUUAUGAUGUGGAAAUCUUGAACGAUAGAGUUAGAGGUGCUACACAACGUGGCCGUCGGUUACUAGGAAAAUGAUGAUCUGGAGUCUCUGCCUGCAGGACGGUAAUCCCAACCCAAGAAUGGUGCUGUUAAAUUUCAUUGUUUAUUUUUUUUUCGAGGAAAUGUUAAAUUUCAUUGUUAGAACCAUGUUAUAACUACUUUAAUUGUCGGUUGGGACUUAAGGGUACUCGGGCAAGUGAUAGUCAAGAGUUGAAGAAAAUAGUGAAGAGAAACAGGAGAUUUUAACUACCUUGAUAUUUGUUUAUAUUUGCACUGGAUCAGUAUUCGAUUUUGCAUUAGCUUUCGAUUAAUGUAAACAAUAAAUUUCAAUCUUUCGGUGACAUAUUGUAUAAAUGUACAAUAUUACUCAUAUAA